AUGAAAGCAAGUACAGUGAUUAUGGCUCUACUAGCAAUUCUUUUGCUCAUUGAGUCUCUUGCUGAAACCAGAACCACCCUUCAAUACCAACACAAACAUGAACAAGAGUUGAGAGGAUCAAGAAACAGAAGAUCUAGAAACAAGGUAGGAGGAAAAAGGACAAGAGGAUCAAACUGUGAUCCAUUUUACCUUUAUCUAUAUGAUUGCUGUGGCCAUUGGCCUUUCCCUACUUUUCCUUCCCCUAACAACCCUUUUGAUCAAACACCAAAACCAAUAUCUCCUAGCCAAAAUCCACCACCACUUCCACUUCCACCCUUAGUAACAUCUCCUCCUCCAUCACCAAUAACUUACACACCAAGAAUCCCAUCUCCACCUCCAUUAGUCCAAUAUUCUCCACCACCUUUGCCACCUUCCCCACCACCACCAGCCUGUCCGCCACCGCCACCCCCACCGCCACCAACUUGUCCACCACCGCCUGUUCGACCAUGCUGCCCAUUACCACCACCUGCUCCACCUUGCUGCCCGUUACCAUCACCAUCACCGUCACCAUCACCGCCACCUUUGACAUUGUCGUCACCACCACCAUCUCCACCAUUAGUUCCAUCACCACCACCACCAUCCCUAUCCUUACCAGACAUUUCAAUUCCACCACCUGCCUCAGAUGGUUCCGCCACAGCACCACCACUUGUCCCCAUAUUUUGGACUCCACCUGAGCCACCGGUAGAUCCAUUCUCAUUCUCACCACCACUCCCAUCAACCCCAACUACACCAGACAUUUUCUUCCCACCUCCACUCCCAGAUAAUCCACAAGAACCAACACCAUUUGCUUCAACACCGCCUUCUUUUACUAUGCCACAAACACCAGAUAUUUUCAUUGCACCACCUUUUGUUCCUGAGUUGCCAGAUGAACCACCAUCUUUUACAGUGCCACAGACACCAGAUAUUUUCUUGGCGCCUCCAGUGGUUCCUGAAAUUCCAGAUAAUCCACAAGACCCAUUUCCGUUCACCUCCACGCCGCCGGCACCGGAUAGCUUUGUUAAUGAUCCUGAGCCGUCGGAAGAGCCACCGUCGCCGCUAGUAUUGUUGCCACCACCGUCUGAUUCGCCACCCUUUACAAACUGA